AUGAAAUAAUAAGAAAUAAAUGACUUGGUCCUAAAAGCAACAGUUGAAAAAAAUGUUAAAUUAACAAAGAAAUAAAAAAAUAAAAAAAAAGAAAUAAAAAAUAAAUAAAAUAAAAAGAUACCAAAUAAAUUAAAAGAGCUUUAUUGUUUUAAAUUCAUUUUAAAAAAAAAUAUCACAAUCUAAAGUCAAUAAAAUGUAUUUACUAAAGAGAAAGUGUCAAAUUUGAGAGAUUAGUACAAUUUGUCAAAGUAAAGCAUAAGCCUAAUACACCUUCAUCACCAAUUUAAUUGCUACUAUUUAAAUUAAAAAUAUUUAUAAUUAACAAAUAAGAAAAAAAUAAAUAAAAAUUUAUCAAAUAAGUUAAAAGAGCUUUAUUGUUUAAAUUCAUUUUUAAAAUUAAAAAUUUCAUAAUCCAAUGCAAAUAAAUGA